UCUCCUUGAGGGAACACAGUUGGAAAGUGAAAGAAGCAGAAUAGGAAUGCCUGUGGAAGAAAAGCAUAUCAAGAUGAACCUGAAGUGGAAUUCUGGCAGAGUUUCUCGUCCAGCCUCAGCUGUGGUCCGGGUGACUGAUUUGAGUUGGCGAGGUAACCUAAAUCCCAGUCCACUGAUUAAAGAUGAUGGAGAGCUGCUUAUGGAUAAAUACCUUACCCCCAGGAAACUGAAAGCUUUGGCAGGGGUAGAUGAUCUACAGCAAGUGAAGUCCCUAGAGAUGCGAGUGGAUACAAGAGAGAACAGCCUGGGGAAUUUUGGCGCCUAUCUACCUAACCUGAGACAGUUGAAACUGAACAAUAGCUUGCUUGCAUCUGUGAGGGACCUUGGAACCACAUUGUCCCAUCUCCAUGUCCUGUGGAUGGCUCGCUGUGGGCUCGCAGAUUUAGAUGGGAUCUCUUCCUGCAGCUCUCUAAAAGAACUCUACAUUGCCUAUAACAACAUCUCUGACCUAAGUCAACUGAGCUUGUUGGAACACCUUGAGGUUUUGGACUUGGAGGGGAACAACAUUGAGGAUAUCAACCAGAUGCUGUAUUUGGGAUUUUGUUACAAACUGAGCAGCCUGACAGUGGAGGGCAACCUUAUUUGUCUGAAGCCAAAUGCAGAGUCUGAAGAGGGACCAGAUUAUAAUUACAGAGUUGAAGUGAAAAAACUCAUUCCCCACUUGGAAUAUUUGGAUGAAAUACCAGCUAGCCAAACUGUUAUCCCUCCUUCCAAGAAGAUGAGUGAGGACUGGCUAAUCAUCAAGGAAUCCAUCAAGGAAGGUGAUUUAGCUGGAGAUAUUCCAUGGUUAGGUUUGUAUCUUGGGGCAGUAGCAGCAAGGCAGUCUGGAUCCAGCCCUAGAACCUGCACGGCUUCCAGACCUGGGACUGCACAGUGGCCCGAUUCUGCAGGACAAGACAACAGUGCCCAUAUGCUGUCUGCUGGCUGUCCUCUUCCCCAUCCCACGGCUUCUGAGGGCCUUUUUCUGGAAGAUGAUUCCAGUGAUUUGACACAUGGACUCAGUCAAGUUAUAUGUGGGAACCCCAUCAAGGCCCUUCGUGCAAGGAGACAAAAGCUAGAUCCGCCUGCAGUGGACCCUUUCAAACUAUGCAGCCUGAGAGGAGAAUACCUUCAUAUCUCUGAAGAUGUAGGCCAGGAAGAUAUCUUCUUUGAACUGGGAGAAUGGAGAGAAAAGCAUAAACGGUUCCUGCAAAUGGUUCAGCAAGAAAAGGCCCCUCAAGUGCUGAAGGUAACUCUUAGCGAUGAGGAUGAGGAUGAAGACUGUAGCCUGCCUGACAACUGUGAAGAUAUUCUGAGAGAGCCCUACGAUGAGGACCUAACUGAAAGGAUUUCACUUGAUUCUUUCCAUUCCAGUCUUUCCCACUCAUCCUCAGAUUCGUUGCAUGCUCAAGAACGGACAGUGUUCUCCAACCCAAACUGUUGUUUAAUUCCUUCUCCUCCAAAAAGCCCUUUGCCUGCAUCUCGAGCAGAUGUUGCAGCAAGACCUUGGAAAAUGAGGAACCACAGGGUAAGAUGCCUAAAAAUACCCAGCCGAGAAGAAGACAGGCAGUGGAUGCAGCUUUGCCGAUCAAAGGCUUAUCAAGAAACUUCAGCUGAGCCUCUGGGCGAGGAACUCGCUCUCCUGAGCCUGCACAGUGCACCUGCUGUGUGUGAGGCCUUCCUUUCCCCAUCACAGGGACAGCUCCAGCCUGGUGGGAGCACUGGCAGGCUGAGACCUAUUUCAGGACCAGCAGCUGUUGGAUCAAAAAGUGUCAGGCCCACCGUGGAUAAGAGCGUGCCCAGGAUGAUCCACCAUCACCAACCAGUGGUGUGCUCAUCCACAGAAAACACGGAGAGGUUUGGGCUGGCGAAUGCAGCUUGGCCCCUGCCUGCCAGGGCCAUGCUGCAGAAGGUGCCAGACAGAUGCGGUGUCUCGACAAAGUCUCAGAGCAAGACCCCGCAGUCCUAGACAAGAGCCUGCAUGGACCCGUGGGGUGGAGCCACGCACACAGCGCAGGCUUCGGGUGCUGGGUGUGCUCCUUCCUCCCAAAGGACUGAUGCUUUCAACUUCAUCUGCAGGCUAACCGCAGAGCUGUGCGAGCAGAGCACUUCAAACAAAUGGCCUGAUUGGCCUCAAUUAAGGCUGCAGCUGGUCAGAAGUGCUUUCUUUAAAGAGCACCUGCUGAUCAACAUAACAGCCAAUCAACCUCUUAUUACAGUACACAUAGUUAUUUUUGCAGCUUUCAUGUACUAAAACAGAA